AUUCUUCUCUCGUGAUAUCGCUUUCAUUCUUGAGCAGACUCGUGCGCGCUCCCGCGGCGCGCGUGUCGUGAGACUCGCGCGAGAACAUCGCGGUGAAUUUCUAUCGCUGUAAAUCUCCUCACAUUUGUAAAAGCGACAUGUAAUAACAGAGAACGGAUUAAAGCCGCUGAAGGGGAGGAACCGCUGAUCUGUAGACGUGAGCUUUUUUCUGCUUUCACUGGCAUUUGUUUUCAAGAGUCAGCACACCAGAGUCACGAUGCUCUCUCAGAAACGUGUUUUUACUGCAGGUGUUUACUGAGGCUCAGCUAUGACUGUACAGGACACAUGCGCUCCAGACGAGGGCGCUAUAAUAUGCAUUAAUGUCGGAGGCUUCAGGCGACGACUUCUAUCCACGCGUCUGUCUCGGUUUCCAGAGACGAGACUUGCGCGGCUACUGCACUGUCGGUCCAAAGAAUCGAUCCUCGAACUGUGUGACGACUACGAUGACCUCGAGAAGGAGUUUUACUUUGACCGCAAUCCUGCGCUCUUUCCUUACGUUUUGCAUUUCUAUAACACGGGAAGACUGCACGUUAUGGGUGAGCUCUGUAUUUUUUCCUUCAGUCAAGAAAUCGAGUACUGGGGAAUCAACGAGUUCUUCAUUGACUCUUGUUGCAGCAGCACCUACCACUGCCGCAAGAUGGAGCCCGAGGAGACGGACUGGGACGACAAGAGCGAAGACGGCAGCACGGCAUCGUCCUUCGACGAGAUCCUCGAGUUCUAUAACGAUGCCGGAAAGUUUGACAAGCAGCUUCUGGGUAGCGUCCGUCGCAAAGUCUGGUUAAUGUUGGACAAUCCCGGGUAUUCCCUGCCUAGCCGGUUCAUCAGUGUUUUCUCUAUCCUGGUCGUGCUGAGUUCCAUAGCCACCAUGUGUAUGAACAGCAUGAGCGAGUUCACUUUCCUGGACAGCGACGGCAGACCCCGCGAGGACCCGCGCUUCGAGGCCGUGGAGCAGUUUGGAAUCGCAUGGUUCACAUUUGAACUGGUGGCCAGAUUUGCUGUAGCACCAGACCUUCUUCACUUCUUCAAACACCCGCUGAACCUUAUCGACCUGGUGUCCAUCUUACCUUUCUAUCUCACUUUGAUCAUUAACCUGGUUGCGGAGAGCAGCCCGGCGCUAGUCAACCUGGGUCGAAUGGCACAGGUUCUGCGGCUGAUGAGGGUCUUCCGCAUCCUAAAACUGGCCCGUCACUCCACUGGCCUGCGCUCCCUCGGCGCCACGCUCAAAAACAGCUAUAGGGAAAUCGGGCUGCUGCUGCUGUACUUAGCCGUCGGUGUGUCGUUUUUCUCCGUCAUGGCGUACACGGCGGAGAAGGAAGACAACGAAGGCUUGAGCACCAUUCCGGCCAGCUGGUGGUGGGCUACGGUGAGCAUGACCACCGUGGGCUACGGGGACGUGGUUCCUGCUUCGGUCGCAGGGAAAUUGAUGGCCUCAGCUUGCAUCCUGGCAGGAAUACUAGUUGUCGUGCUUCCAAUCACUUUGAUAUUUAAUAAGUUUUCUCUGUUUUAUAAGAGACAGAAACAGCUGGAGGCCAUCAUGAGGAGCUGUGACUUUGACGCGGGAAUUAAAGAGGUUCCUUCCGCCAAUCUGAGGAAUUAUUACGCUCGUAAAGUGAAAACGCUCAUGGCCAGUCUGUCCAACAUGAGCCGCAGUUCAGCCAGCGAUCACAGUUUAACCGAGUCUUUGCAUUAGACUGGAAAUGAGUUGUGACUUGACUGUGCGAUUGUUUUUUUCCUGGAUCUCAAACACAAGGCUGCUCCUCGGCUAGAUAAAUAAUGUGUCUCACUGUAAGGACUGCGAAAUGUUACGUUGGCUGUCUGUGAUGUUUCUGGGUUCAGAGCUGCAUGUCACUGUAUAUGAAGCUUUGACAAUGUUUCUGUCACGACUCACACACCAAAAACAUACAGUAGUCCCUAGGUUUACCGGUUUGUUAUAAUAUCACUAUAAUAUCACAUGUUUUUAAGCGAACAGGUCAAUCUUUAGCACUGAUAUUGAAGCAUUUCCAACGAAUUGUUUUCGAUCCUGUUCCAAAUCUUCCUGUUUUGAACACAUUUUUAUCUGUAAGGUUCCUAAAGGUUCUGCUUACUUUGCUUCAAGAUAUAUUAUGCAUUAAAUCUUCAAUAAAUUAACGAGAUGUUUUUU